AUGCUGGCUCUUCGUGACCAGGAAAACCUGGUGCAUACUCACCAGACUGUCGCUGCAGCUAAACCCUUGAACCAAGGCGUGAAGCAGUUGCAACCGCGAACCCCAGGAGCUCGCGCACCGAAGACGCCCUUCAAAGUGCCAUUGAACGACGAAAAUGACCCUUUGGCAUUCGGAAAGAAAACAGCAAAGGCUGUCGGCAAGCAAAAGGAGAACACAAAACCCACCAAGGAUGCCUUUGUCACUCCGCUGGGUAUGCAGAUGAGAGAGCGCAGCGAGAGGAUCGAGAACGCUAACGAAACACUGGCAAUAGAACCUCGCAAUCGUGCACCUCUUGGCAUGAAAACAACUAAUGCAAAGGCGAAAGGCGUACACACCCCAGCAGCCCCGGCAGGCACUAUCAAGCCCGAGAAGAUGAACAAGAGAACCUCUGCCCAAAAGAUCAGGAAAUUCUCGCCACUAGUUGACCAGCCCAAGCUUGAGGUGCAGGGUGAAGAGACUCAGGAUGAUGUGCCCGAUAUUGAAUAUAUGCCCCCCAAACCGAGAGGUGAGAUGCAUAAUGGGCUCAUAACGGCCUUCAGUCGGAGAGGUUUUACCUUGUCUAACAUGCUUGUAGAGCUCCCGGAUAUCCCAGACGACAUUACUUAUGACACCACUUUCCCUCAAUUUCAACCCAAGAAUUUAGCCUUGGGAUUGGAAAGUGUGUACGGAGACAAUCAAGUUGGAGAGGAUGGUCUUACCCCACGACAGCGCAAAUUCCAGGAGGAUUCUGCUGCGUUUGACAAAAAGGUGGACGAAAUGAUAUUGAAGCAGCUUGAAGAGAUUGGAUUCGAGGAUAAGACCGAAUUGGACCCGCCUAGCGAGCCUCAUGUGGAAGAGGUACCUAAACGACGCCUCGAGGUGCGUCGUGCUAAAUUGACCACGACUAAGCCCAAGUAUACCAGCAAUAUCUCGACUGUUCGUGCUCGCGAUGCAGCUGUCGCUCUGUCCAGGAUUGAGCCCUCCGGUGCACGAGCCAGGCCAGCGGCCAUGUCAAAACCGAGACCGAGAGUCGCAUCAUCUCUGUUGACGGCUAGGAGGCCCCGAGUGCCGAGCAAUCUGUCCUCCAUGCGCCACGCUGCGGCCACUGCCAACUCCAAGACGACCCUGGGCUAUUCAAAGGGCCGGACUAUGUCCUCCAAAUUGCAUGGAAAGACGUCAACUACGGCGGAAAGGUCGGUGUCUAAGUCCGUCCUGUCGCCUGAAACAUACAUUGAAUUGUACGGAAUGCCUCCGCUGGGUUCGGAGAUGUGGUACCGCUGCAAGGCUGCAGGCUGUUUUGAUAGCGAGGAGGAUCGACUGGCGGCCGAAGCUGAAAGAAAUCUCCCGACCUUUGGGGAAGACGAAGAGGCGCAGAAUUUCCAGCUCACGCUUUGA